AUGUCAUUUGCUGUCAAUACCUUCCAGAAGUACUCCAAUGACUUUGGAUUGGGCUCCAAUGGUGUCAAAGUUACCCUUAACUACUUUGAUGCACUUCCACCACAGGACCUCCUGAUGAGUCUGCCUAGUGGCCUGCAGCUUACACUGAAGUCCCUUCUGAAACGAGACGAUACCACGAAGGAACGGGCUCUGAACGAAAUCCAAGAGCUCAUUUCUACUCAGGCUAGCGCUGAGCAGUUCAAGGAUGAUAUAUUUUGCUUGUGCUGGUCUCAGAUCUACGCUAAGCUUGUGACAAAUAGCUCCAAGAGUAUCCGCGCGGGAACGCAUGAUUUCACAGCGCGCCUCAUUCGGCUACUGCACAAAAAGGGCGCCAAGUUUCUCAAGGAUUGGAUCCCUCUGUUGCUAGUUGGUUGCUAUGAUAUAGACACAUCUGUUGGUAGUUCUGCCAGGUCGGCGCUGUUACAGUGUUUCAAUAACAGCGAUGAAAAGCUAGCAGCAUUAUGGAAAGUGUUCUAUAAGCAGAUACUUGCUUGCGCGCAACAGAUCCUGGUCGUGGAAAAUGUGGGCUCGAUUUCUGACGAGCGCUACGUAUCUCCAGAAGACGCUGACAUGCGGUAUAGUCGCUUGGCCGCGAGUGGGGUAUUUUUGUUAGUACAGCUGCUGAAGAAUAUGAACGACGAGCAGGGCGAGGAAGACACUUGGUAUGAAAUCCUCUCAUCGGAAGCACUGUGGAAGCUCAUGAGUUUGGCGAACUUGCGGUCAAUGAAACUCUACCAGGUGUUGCUACAGCUGCAACGUAUUCUCCUUGAGAAUGGCUACCUAUUGGGCCAUAAGGAUGUUUUGAAACUUACUGGGAAGCGCUAUUUCAAAACACUCGCACAAGUUAAUACCAGGAACCUCCUUCAAAUUUCUCCGCUUCUGCCAGAAGUGCUAGAGACUACACUGCUAUGGAAUUCCUACAAAGAUGGUCAGAUCUGGGCUUAUGAUAAAUCGUUUAAAGAUAGAAUCCUGAAUCUUUUGAAGCUAGGCCCCGGUAAUAGCUCUGCCGCAUACUUUGACUAUCUGUCCAAAUUAUUCCGUGUUUGCGAGUUUCUAAAUGCUGAGGAAACAAAGCUUUCCAUUUUACACAAGCAUGCUCUGGUAUUCAGUGAGAGGAGAAUACUAACCAAGACUUCUGAGGAGCAGCUUUCUCGCUUUUGCAGCUGCUACUAUCAAAUUGUGAGAGAAAUCGAUAGCGAGGUGGCAAGAGACCAGAUGAGGGAUGAUAGUCAAAAGCUAAUUAGUAACAUAUCUUUACAGAAGCAUUCCAACUUGGUUGAAGCUUUUGCGCAAAUAACUUCGCCUGAUAGUAUAUCCACUGAUCUUUGCUCGUUAUUGCCGUUGGGGACAGAUAAAGAGCAUCCAUCCACAACCUACGCUGACAAUCUACUGGCCUUACUGCUCCACAAUGGAUUGCAGAAAGUUGAUAUUCUAAAGGAGCUUGCAAGGUCCUCCCUAGAAUCGAUUGAGAAUGGGGAGGUAGCUGUGAACUAUAGCUUCCGCAUUUUUCAGCUUUUUAUAAAGAACAAUAUUUUGUCACUCCAUCAAGAGGUUCAGAAGUUCAUUGGUAUAUUGCCGUCCACCAUUGAUCCAUCUUUUAUUGAGCAGCCGACUAAUAUCAUGAGCAGCUAUUCAAGAUCACAGUUUUUGCAGCAGAUGGGCGAGGAAGAGGCAGUUGAGUUAUUUUCCGAUUAUGUUUUUGCCAUCGCGCAAUUGGAUAUUCCAAUGAACUCUAAGUUGACACAUCUCAAUAACCUUGAUAUUGCCAUUCUAGAAAAAUUACGGAAAGAACCAUCUGAGACCCUAGCUGAUUUCAUGACUAAUUUCAUUGGCACAUAUGACUUUUCUACUGAUCUGAUCUUUUCCUCGAAUCUGUUGGACCAACAUGUUCUCAAAAGAUUGUAUGAAAAAGCACUUGAACAUCGGAAAUUAGAUGUUUUUUCUUCUUACCUUACUCGGGUACCACUAACAAUAUAUGAGGAAUUUCUUUGUGGGACUGACUUCCUCUCAAACUAUAACAUUUGGUACUCCGCAGCUGCUGCUCAACAGGUUUUGAAAAGUCUAAUCCCUAUGGUUAAAAGAAAUGGCAGCUUUGCCCGUAAGGUUACUCAAGAAAUUGUAGUUCAUGGAGCAUCUGAUUAUAAACAUAUUCCAACUGAACUUUUAAUAAAAUUUGCAUCUGAACUAUUUGAAUCGAAUUCGGAUAUAUGGUCAUACUUGUCACCCCAUAUCAUGCUAAAAGACCUUAAAACUAUUGUUCCAUACAUUGAUUACAGACUCUCUCUGGUAUCUCCCCUGGGAGUUGGUAUCCAUGCACUAGAUAUUCCCAAUGAGAGUACUUUUGAAUGUUCAUCUGCGAGGUCCAUCAUUUCUUAUGCGCUAUUCUUGGAUAAAUUUUUGACUAACCACCCACAGUUAUGUGAUGACGAUUGUCGGAUUUUCCUCGCCUUAAUGAGCGAAUUAACACUUGAUUUUAAUUGUUUUUCCACGGAUCCCAUUGAUCAAUUUCCUGGUUUCACAAAUUCACUCUUCACCGGCAAAACCUAUGACUUUAAUUUUGCUGAUAUCGUGCAUGCUAUUAUAGCAGGUGAAUCACACAUAGCCAUUUUGAACAAAUUAGCAUCUCGGGAUGUAUCUGAUUCGAGCGCUGUAUACAACUGCAGGAUUCUAAAAAGGAUGUUAUUAAAUUCAAUUGAUUAUACGACUUUAAACCAAUUUAACGAACAGGUCAGGAUUGAGAAGUUUAUUUCAGGAAUUAUCAGGAACACGAGUAGUAGCGCAAUGGACUAUCUCUAUGCAACCACCAUUAUAAGCGCAUGCAGCAAAUUCAGUGCAGAGAGUCCUAUGUUUGUUAAGUUGCGGACAAUGCUCGUAGCAGAAUUAAUUGGAAAGAACAGUACCGAUUUAGUCAAUGGAAGCUGGAGGCUGCUCAUUCUUUUGGAUAACAUUCUACAGGUAGAGACAUCUAUCAUGCACUCCGAUUCGUUUCAACCCAUUACUCCGCAACGUUUGGUUAUGUUUGUUCGUACUAUUUUUCAAUGGCUGGACAGUGAUGUCUGUUUUGAGGAGUCUUUCUCUGUUGUCCGUUUAUGCCUCCUCCACUUAUUGAUCUCAAUGCUCCAAAUCAAUUCUAUACGGUCACUGGGGUCCUCAUUGACUGACCUAUGUAUUAGAAUUCUAGCGGAUAGCUUGGGAUUUUGUCACCUCGAAGAGACUCUUUACCUGGACGAGCUGCGUUUUUACGUUUUAAAGCUUCAUCUUGAAAUUAUAAGGUGGACCAAAGAGGAUAAAAAUACGAAAGACCUUUGGGAACACUCGGCAAAGGAUUUGAAUUCGGAGUUGGUGGAACUAUGUCUCAUAAACUAUGAGAAGACUCCGGAAAACCAUCCGCAUAUUUUAUUUUGCUCUCUUCUCAGUUCAUCAGUUGAUCAAAUCCCAGAGAGUUACUUACAGUCAUAUUUUGAUAAAUUCAUGGAGUACCUACUGUCCAGUUUAGGCACUAUUAGUUCAGUCAGAGUUGUGGUUACGACUUUGAGGAAACUAAUCAUAGCACAGCAGCAGGAAUUAGUCAUAGAGUAUGAGCUUCAAAAGAGCAACCUGGGCGACGGCGACAACACGCCAACUUCAACGUGCAAAAUUCCGCCUAUCCUUGUCAGUGCGUUAUUCGCGGACCUCCCAGAAGAGUACUUGGAAUAUGAAGAGCCCAUGAAAGUUAUCAAACCUUUAUGGUAUUGGUACCUGGUCGUUUCAUACUUCAAGAAUAUAUCCUAUAAUAUUCGUCACCAAUAUAUCGAUCAACUGAAGGCCAAUAACGAGAUUGAUAGGUUUUUUUACUUUGUUUCAGAGCAGCUUGAUAUGCAAGAUACCAAGUUCUGGGAUUCAGUCUCACCUCAUGAGAUUACUGAGUAUCAAAUUCACGCUACUGGUGACUCUCCAUACAAAGAUGACAUACUGAAAGAGUCGAAGCUACUUUUGGUCAGCCUGUUGUAUGACUUAUUUAAUAAUGUCGGGGCUAUGACCAGUGCCUGGUGGUUGAAUAUUAAGGACAGAGCAUUACGAUCAAAGAUAGAUGCGUUUGUUACCCGAUACGUGUCCCCAAUACUGAUAGACCAGGAGCUGGAACAAGUCAGCAGCAAAAUCCCAGUGCUCACUGCUCAAGAUGAAAACCUCUCUAUCAGAAUAAACAAAAUAACUAAGGAGAUCAAGGCUAGGUACUUCAUUGACGACCAGAACCUGGAAAUUUCCUUCAAGUUACCGUGUAACUAUCCCUUAACCAACAUUCAGGUUCAGGAAGGUACACGUGUCGGUGUCAGCGAACAGAAAUGGAAGUCAUGGAUACUGUCAACGCAGCGUGUGAUAACUGGGAUGAACGGAUCUGUAGUCGAUUCGCUGGAAUUAUUUACAAAGAAUGUUCGUCUGCAAUUUGCUGACUUUGAGGAGUGCGCUAUUUGUUACUCCAUUCUCCAUGUUGUUGACAGGAAACUACCAUCCAAGGUGUGCCCAACCUGUUCGAAUAGAUUCCAUGGCGCCUGUCUCUACAAAUGGUUCAAGUCUUCCGGCAACAACACAUGCCCCUUGUGUCGCGGUGAGAUCCCGUUCAGAAGAUGA